CAUAUACACAUAAAUAUAUAUACACUGCUCUGAUAAUGGGCAUAUAUACAUUGAUUGAUUGCCAUAUGUGGAGUAAUGGCCAUAUAUAGAGGCUUUUAGACAGCUGCAUCCCUUAGAAAGGGGUACAUGUCGGAAAUCCACAAGCUUACAUCCGGACAAUAAGUGGAAUAGUUAGAUAAAAGAGGCUUGCAAGCUUCAUACUCUGUAUCAGCCCUCACUAUUUCCAAUCAAAUCAAUCAGAGAAGCACCCCCAUAAAUACUUAGAUCUCCAUUACAAUCCUGCAUUACAUUGUAGAUGAAGAUGCAUGGUUACAGUAGAAUUCGGGGGUCUAGAUCUGUCGAUUAUGAUGAAUCCAAGUGGAAGGACUGUUCUACAGAUCUCAAGUGUUCUUCCAUUAAUGGAUCAGCAAAGUGGGCAUUCAAUUGUAAUAGCAGAGACCAGAUCAAUGGCUGCAAAGAGCAGGAUUUUGUGAAGGACUCUGAAACAAUGGAUCCCUCUGGUCAGGCUGGGUUUAUAUUGGGCAGAGCUCUGUCAUUGAGGGAGUCCAUGAAGGACAAGAGAUUCAUGAAGAAAACCCAUGGUGGGGAUUCAGUGGUGAAGGAUAGUAGUAAUAAAUCAUUGCAGGGGGCUGUGAAGAGAGUUUUUUCAACCAGGAAGUCUGCCCCAGAACAAGAUAAACUGUACCCACAUGCUGAUUUCUUGUCUGCUGAUGUGGGGUUUAAGAGAUCUGAGUCACUCAGAUACAACAGAAUUGGGUCUCCUCCCCCUUUUGAUUUGGAUGCAGAUGGGUCUGUUUUAAAGAAGAAGAAGAAAAGUGUGCUCAAGACUUGCAAACGCCUCUUGGGAAUGCAGAGAAAUUAGGCUUGUUUUUGGCCAAUAAAUAGGUUUUUUUGUUGAAUUUUUCAUAAUGGUGUUUUUGUUUCUGUUAUGAGAAGGCCUUGGACAAACUCUGUGAUGUUAAGUUCAUAUUUUGUCUUUAAGGUGGCUUGUUAUGUACAAUUUCAUCAAUGGAUUUAGAGCUUGUGUGCUAGAGCCUCAAAAUUCUCAAUCCUCUUUUAUCUGGUCCUUUUUUCUGUAAAGUUCUGCCAUGAACAUCCAUGACUUAUGAAGCUAGAAUUUCAUCCAAGAUUUUAUUGGGAUUGAGUUCUUGCUAGAUUUUGGUAGCUUAAUGAAUGCUUUUAUUUUACA